AUGCUUGCCGAGCUUGAAAGUCUCAAAGCGUCCCAGACCCCGGGCUCCAGUAGUACCACCCCGCCAGCGACUCGCCGUGCCCCAACGCCAGCCUCCAAGCAGAAGGCGCGCCCCAGGCAGGAGCCUGAACCGGAGACUGGUGACAGGGAUGAUGGUUCGGAUGGUGCCAGUGAUGGCAAUGAGGAUCUAAGUGAAGCUGCAAAGCGCAACCGUCUGAGAAGGUUGUGUGAGAAAAAGCCCUCAGGAAAGAGGAAUGUCCCAGAAGAGAUCGGGUUGAAGUGGGAAAAGAAGGGACGUGACCGUGAUGAGUUGUUAGAAGCCUUGGAAGCUUCUAACUAUGACAAGGAUGCUUUCAUCCAGACUGUGACCCGGGUCCAUGAGAAGAUCUCCAAGACUUCGUCCAAGAAACGCCGUGGGUGGUAUACCAAAGAGGGCAUGGAAAAGAUCUUGAAGUGGAGCAAGUCCUAUAUUGCUGGUGUGGUCAAGUACUGUGAAAGGAAGGGAAACGAGAAGUUGAAAAGGAAAGACAAGUACAACAAGAAGCUGUUCAAGUACUACGUUGAGUAUGAAGAUGGCGAUUCCAGUUGUGAAGAUGACAUUGAACGUGAAAUUCGAACAGAUCAUAUGGACUCUAAGGUGGGGUCCCAUUAA